UGACUGCGCCUUUGCAACUUACGUGCAUGCAGCUGCUGGGGGAGUAAAAAAAGUGGGGAUAGGAAUUUUCUCAUUUUAUCCAUAAAAGCGUGUUAAUUUGACCAGUUGUAAAACUAUGGCCAGGUUCUCUGGUCUUACAAAGUGGAGAUACCCGAUCUUGUUCGGCUCAAUACUGGCUGGGUUUGCAACAGCUUUUGUGUUCAGGCAAACAUUCAUGACAGAUGUUGACGAGGCACGCCGCAAACACCAACAGGAAGACCAGGAGCACUACGUAGAGAUGCUAGCUCACCAGGCCCGCGUCAACGAACAGAGGACGCGCAUCGUAACCGAUAAGAAAAAAGCUACAGAAGAUAUGAAGCCAUGACGAGCCAUGCUACGUAGCAUGUAGUGCUCCGUGCCAUUUGACUGCAGGCUGUAUAUAUAUAGGUUGCUUAACUGUAGAAUAAACAAUGAACAAUCGAGAUGAUUCUUCAGUCAUGAUGUGAAGCUUUUAAUUUCAUGAUACCAACUGAUUUCCAUCGAGAUGAGGAAUAGGAUCAACGGUUUGACAUGUUGAGGAAGUAUAGACUUUGUUAUUUGUGGCGAUAUUUGAAAUUUUCUCAUUAAGAAAUUCUUUGAAGAACGUGCAACUUAAGCCAGUGAUGAGAGCAUAGUGGAAUGUAUCUUGAUGCUGAUGUUCCAUUUUACAGUCCUGGUCUGCAUUUGUCAACACAGCUGUUCUGAAACGCUACAUGUAACUUUGAAAAUUUUGGUCUCCCUGUCAGAGCUAGUUGGUCAUGAAUGAGAUGCCUCAAGAACAGACCCCGAAUAAUGCAUCACAGAGCGAUUGCGGGAAAUUGUCAGCAAGAACUGAGGAUGGCCACCCAGAGUUGAAUGAUACAAACAUUGCUCAGAAAUCAGCUGGCCAACAGAACGUGCCAGACAAGACUGACUCGGUUGAGCUUUGCAGGGCCAGCGGUGAUUCCAACCCCUCAAAGACAUCCUCCAGGAUAGGCCGGCUGUCCCGCCGUCGAGAUGCCGGCCGCCUCGGCCCCCCUGGCAAACACAAUCCCUCAUCAGCGAGUGCCCACAGGGAGGUGAUGAAAGCCAUCCUCGGAGAGACCUCCUUGAACCAGAGCAGUGACUUCAAGGAGCCAUGGAGCCGGGGCCCAGCCCUCCAAGAACCCGGAUGCCGGCGAAAGGCUGAUACAUCCCUCAGCCGGCUCAAGGGCAGCAAAGCUUCGAAAACCCAGACCUCAGGUUCGGUAAAUCAGUCGGCCCCUGAUACCCUGGACCACAGUGAACCCACCACCAGCAAAGAGGAAAAACAAUCAAGAGGCCAGCUGAACACCCCUGAGUCAUCCGUUAAUGUUAAAACCAGAAGCUAUGGGGAUGCCGUGAACACUCCCACCUCCGUCAACAAAUCUCCAGUAAAGGCCUGUUUGGUGUAUGUGUCCAGACUGAAGUUAUCUUCAGACUCUCAGCCCGCCGCCAAGCUAAAUUGCAAGGUAGCCGUGUCAGAUGAGCCCCUUGAGCCUAUGCAUCUGUCCAAUCCGGCUACUGAUACGUCAACUGGAUGCAGUGAGGCCGAGUCCAAGCCAGCCUCACUCCCUGAAACUAGUAACUUCGGAGACGGCGAUGCAAGGAACGAACCCCCUGCGGACCAGGCCAGGGACAAUCUCCGUAGGUGCCCAGUAUGCCAAGAGACAUUCCAUGGCAUAAAUGCAACAGAGACCAUACAGCAACAUGUAGAAAGGUGUUUGCGCCAACGGUUUGCUAACUCCGUCCAGGCCCGAGAUUACACAGGCAACUCUGGUGACACAAGCGGCGAUGAGGAGUUUGCCCGGCAGCUACAGCGACGGGAGGAAGAGAAGCUAGAGGAGGAGAGGCUGACGGACAGUGAGAGGUACUUCUGCCACCUCUGCCAGAGAGAUCUCAGCCACAUGAACACCACCAGGAGAGCCCAACACAUCAACAGAUGCAUUGAUACCAUAGAAGCAAUUGAACCACCACAGCGACCAGUCAGAAUCCAACCAGUGAGACAAGCAGUUCCCGACUGCCCUGUUUGUGGCAAACACUUCAGUACCAAAAGGCAAAGAGAAUCACAUCUGAAGAAAUGCGCCCGGAAGCAUGAGGUAUCAGCUCAGCAGCUGAUUGCUUUGGUAAGAGUGCAGGAGGAGGAACUACCGCGGAAUGAAGGUUCAGUAGGAGUUUCUGUGGGAAGUUCCACCAGAAGUUCCACAGGAGGUUCCAGUGGAAGUUCCAGUGGAAGUGCCAGAGGAGGGUCUGUUCAAGGGAGGUCCAUAGGAGGCUCAGUUGGAGGUUCCGAUGGGGGCUCCAGUAGAGGUUUUAGAACAGGUGAGGCCGGAAGUUCUGUCGGGGGGUUGACAGGAAGUGCCACAGAAGGUUCUGAAGGAGGUUCUGCAGUUGGUUCCGUAGGAGGUUCUACAAGAGGUUGCAAUAGAGGAGCCCUCGUGAGCAGUACGGUCACAGCAGGCCUGGAAGGAGGUCUGGAGGGCACAUCAGCGGGUGCCAAAGCUGCCGCAGCCAGUGUCAAGUCAGAUACAGGGACAGCGAGGGCCAAUUCUGUGGACGCACUUGGGUCGGCAGGCAUUGCGGUUUCAUCAGGGUCAUCAGCUACCAGAGGCAGGGGAGGCAGGAAGGGUAGCAGGGGGAGGAAUGGCACCAGAGGGAAGGGCAGGCAGAAGCACCAGACGCCCGUGGAAACACAGCCCCUAGAUGAGGAAACUCAAAUGGCGCUGGCCCUGUCUGCCUCACUGGUUCAGCAGCCUGAUGCCAAGGUGUCAAUGGGGGAGGCCGCUGCCCAGUCUUCUGGAACUGCACCCAAGCCUACCGGAAAGAUGGGCCGCAAGAAAAGGACUGGCAAGAAACUUGAAAAUAAAGAGGUUCCACUUCUCCUGAGGAGAACGGUCGAGGAACGCAGUCAAGUGUUAGGGGCCCGGAUGGCUGAUCUCGUAGUCCCGCAGGAACGCACCUCUGUAAAGAAAACACCAAGUAUGAAAAGGAGCAGGGUAGCCAGGCGACACCAGAACCUGUCGCCCCGCAAACCGAGAACUUGCAUACAUCUGGCUGAGGCAGCAGCUGCCGCGAGUCAACAAGCCCACCAAGAGGAGGACCUCGGUGACUCGUCACCAGGGAAAAAAUCUAAGCCGGUACCUUUGUGGAGUCUGGCAUCGGCCUCAUCCAGUAGCAGUCAGAUGCCUUUCUAUGUCCGUCAACUGUUGCCAGUCGUUACCCCUCAGAAACCGGCAUCAGCGAGGCGAGCUCAUGUAGCAGUAGGACCUACUACCCCCGGGAAGCAGAGCCAGGCACAGCCCAGCCAAUCGACAUCACUAUCUGAUGGUACACCACGCGCAAGCAUGCAGUCACCCGGAAGUGCUUCGUUCAGGAGCCAGGAGGGCUUUGCAACUCAGACCCUGGGUAGAACCCUGCAGAUCCUGGCCGAACUAGCUGCAGAGAGUGCCCCACCCCCCUGCACCCAGUCCAGUGACCACAGCCUUGCCGCUGCCAGUGGCUUCAUCCUCACUGAAGAGGAAGACAGAGAAGAGAAGGAAAACCAGAUUGUUGUUAACCACUACCAGUCGAACAUUCUCCAGCAACUGUCUGAACUGGUGAACAGCAAGGACCUGUGUGAUCUCCAUCUUGUCCCAUCCGACGGCUCAGUGAUCUGUGCCCAUCAUUUCUUGAUCAGUCUCAGGUGUCCCUCCCUUGCCAAGUUGGUUAAAGAUACCUCUACCCCCACUCAAGUUAAGACACUCGAUCUACAAGAUUUCAGCCGUGAGUCUGUCCUCUGUGCACUGGACUUCAUCUAUGCUGGGAAGGUGACGGUCACCAGCUUUGUAGCAGAGGAUAUUUGGAAGUUUGCUAAGAGGUUUUCCUUACCACAGCUAUGCGAUAUCUGUUGUAAAUUUAACAGCAACUUGGAAAAUACUAUGACAUCUCCUGAGGGGAAUAAACUAUCCUUAGCAUCAAUUUCAGAUCUCUCUCCAGAAACCAAGAAAGGAGUUGAGCAUGACAACGAUGAAUUCUUUGCCAACCGGGGCCUGGAUGACCUCAUACAAAGCCUUUGGGAAAGCAGAGGGGAGGAAAGUGACAGUCACAAAGGGGACAGUGACAAUGCUAGUGACAAAGAUGGUGGGGAUCAGAAAGCCCCUGCCUCGCAAGCAAGGCGGAGGUUUUCUCACCAAGUGUCGGAUACAGAAAGUGACUCCGAAGUGAAGGACGAAGCUCCUAAUGACAGGGACAUGGAUGAGAUCUAUGAGUUCUUCAGCACACAGAGGCAGCAGCGCCAACACCAGAGCAGUGCCGAGAAGUGUGAAGACACCAGUGAGGAAGACAGUGAUGACGCUGCAUCCGAUGGAGAUGAUGGUCAUGAUGAUAUGGAGUACUCUGAGAAGUGUUCAGCCACAUGCGGGAGACGAUCGUUCACUAUCUUAGAGCAGCUUCAGAGCAGCUGUCUACCCCAGGGCCCAGGCCAAGGAUCUCAGAGAAAGGAAGACACCUCUUCACAAGGAGAUGUCUGUGAUGAACAAGGACGCUGUUGUGUCACUCCAGAGCAAAUAUCCAAGAGAAGAAAAUCUGUCACAAGCUCGUCAGGAGUAGCUGACAGUAUCGACUCUUCUUCAGACUUGAUUACACCUUGCUUUGUGCACAUGAAAAAGCUUUCAAAUGAUCUCCCAGUCUCACCAAUGAAGAGCACGCAGACUGUUGGAAAGUGUUUGGAGCAGCAGUCCAACUUGAGAGCCAAACCUGCCAAAUGUGCCAGAAAUCAUGAAGAGGUUCUUGGUGAAGGCUGUAGAAGUCUUAAGGAGGCAGAUGCAACUCUUGCAGACGUCGGCGACAGCAUCUUCCAAUCUUGUGAUGACAGCAAAGAGGAUGUAAAAGAAGUGGACUUUGACACGUGGAAAGCAACUGCACAGCACCAUGAGAACUCACAGGAGAUUAACCAGGCUUCAGUUUCACAGUGUUCAAGAACAGAUGUAGAAGGAGAUCAAUGCACUUUCAAUCAGAGUGAAGAUCUGCUGGAAACUUUUUCCAUUGAAAGAGAAGAAAUGGAUGUGGAGGAAGUGGAAUCCUGUAAAAACGCACCAUCUGAUGGUAGAGAUACCUCAAGCUCCUCAGAAAGUGAAGUUACACUCCCAGAAGUUAAUGUUAGAAGCCAGCCUGACAAGCAAGUCUCUCAUAGUCUGGAGAUCAGGCAUUCCUUCGGUCAGCCCGGUGGCAGUGGAGAGGAGAUGAGCUCUGUCAAAGAGCCAGAGCUCAGAAUCCCAAUGGAUGCCAGAGUAGGAGCUCAAGAUGCGGUUGACAAUGUAGUAAUUGAUCUCUCACAAGAUGAAAAUGACCAAGAGAUUGAAGCUGUUGAUUUAAAGACCAAGGACAAUAAUGCUGCUGUUGACAACAGAGAUAUAUUCCAAGACAAUGCAAAUGACAGUGCCAGAGAUGAGGACAUGUCCGUGAUCUUUCCACGGUCACCAGUCUCAGUUGCAUCAAGGAGCAAGACUCUCUCCCAGCCAUCUCAGAAUUCCCAUCACACUAGGAAACCCUCACCUAGGGAGCCACCUGUCACCAAACCACAAAAAUUCACCUUCAGAAGGCGAGACAGACAGGGGAACACGGCAGCUAAUCCUGCUGGAAAAAAGGACUUGAAAAAUUUGAGGAUCCCUGCUCUCCACGGUACAGAAGGAGUGAAGCCCAAGUCGUCGGAUACCCUUGCCUCUGUCAUAGAGACUCCAGCUGCAUUCCGGGCUGCAGCUGACCUGGUAAGAGACUCAUCAACGCCCUUGUUUGGUCCAAACUCCAGAACAGUUGCCCACCAUCACAGUGAUAUCCCUCCUGAAGUGUCACCUGUCAAGAACACUCCCGCUGUUGGUCAAGGUCAAAGAGUCGGUGGUCAGACUCGCAAGGAAGGAACACAUCUCUCCUCAUUACCUCUGGAGAGCAAGUCAUCUGAUGGACUUGACCACAACAUGACGUCAAGGAGAGGGAGGAUGAUGGACGGAAGCCCAGUUCUAAAACCGUUACCAAAGAAAUAUCACUCCAGAAAGGGACAAGAUGUUAGGGAGACAACCUCAACUGAAACCAGAGAUAAAAGUUCCUCACCAUUCUCAAGGUCAAAUUUCACCAUAGACUUGGAACACAGCUCUGGAGAAGAGGACAAUGGACCAGACUCUCUGCAUUUGUCAGGCACACCGGUAGGGCCAACACCAGACUGCUUUGAUGCCGAUACCCCAGAGGUGAUAAGUUCUGUACCCCCGGCCCCACUUUCCCCCUCGCCACCCCCCUCACCCACAUUUGGUUCAGUCUGUUCUCUGAAAGCAAAGGAUUGGGCCUCCACUUCAUCAGAACAGCAAAAUGUGGUUGAUACCAUUGUUGACGAAGGGAUUGAGUGGGAAGGGAGCUUGGCAUCAAGAUGCAAGAGGAAACUGCAGCAGGAGGAUUAUGCAUCGGAAGAUGUUGAGGUACCAUCCAAGAGACCAAAAGGUCUGUCAUCUCAGACGUCUCACUCUGCUAUCAGCACAAACCUCCUGAGUCCUGUCUGCACUACGGACGAGGAUGAUGUUAUCCUCGUCUCCAAUGAUGGGGAAAAUCAAGAUGGUCUCAGGACAGACACAAGAACUGUGGCGAGGAGAGACAAAGUGAACUGGCUAGAGCAGCUCUGCGUUGGCUUGUCCCCAACAAGGUUCUCAUCAGAAUCCCAAUCCAGUGACGAGACAGAGGAUAGUCACGAUUGCCUCCAGGAUGCCUCGACCCCAAGAAUUCAACCCAACAACACUCCAGGUUAUGAGACUACUGCAUCUCUUAAGAAAUGCUCUUUAUCCAUGUCAUCUUUCAAGACAUCAGGGAGCUCAAACACUCAGGCAUCUCCUAGUAAUUCUCCAAGGCCAGCUUCCCGAUCUCCAAGUCCCCCUUGCAGCACCGCCAUCAGAGAUGCCACCAGUAAAAGGAGUCAACCUGAAACCCUUUCUUCGCCUCAAGACUCAGCAUCAGAUGUGGAGAGUGUGCCCCCGGCAUCCCCAGAGAAUGCUUCCCAGGAGCAGUUUGCCUAUUAUGGAGAUGACGGAGGAGGGUAUAUGGAAGACUUCAACUUCUGCUCAGAUGGAGAAGGGGCAUCGGAUGAAGCAGACAUGGAAGAUGUCAAAUCAGAGAGGAAGUCGCAAACAGGGACUGAGACAAGCGGGCUCAGGGCAGGAGGUGCAGGUUCACUGUUAGAAAAACUCUCCGCAUCGUGUCCAACCACCCGAAAGUCUACAUCUGGGAUGCCCAAGGGUUUCCACAGCAACAUCAGCGUCCAGAACUUCUCCAGUUCGGAUGAGGACUCCCACCCUCCCAGGCCUGAGUCUCUCCCAACAUCUCAGCAUGGAGGUGGCGCCGGCGUCCUCCUAGGGUCGAAACCACAUCUCAAGGAAGAGGCGGAGGAGUUUGGAUGCAGCGAGAGUUUCCUCUGCGAGCUGAGGGCAGGGCAGGUGGAUGAAGAGGUGGCCUGGGGCGGAGUCCUGCGUGCUGAUGGAGACCAAGACAUCAAACAACCUCAAAAUAAAUGUCCACCAGAAGAUGACCCUCUUGUCUCAAAAACCACUAUGGUCAGGAGAAAGGAGCCACUGAGCAAGGAGACGAUAGACAAGCUGUACCACCCACCGGCCCCCAUCACCCCCAUGCCUCCCUAUGAUGAUAUGAACACGCCAGGCCUGAAGAAUGAACUGAAGAAGUUUGGAGUGAAACCCCUGCCCAAGAAGAAAGCCCGUCUGAAGUUGAAAGAGAUCUACAGCUACACACACCAAGUUUUAGAAGACAGCGACUCCGAAUCUGACGGAUCAGGACCCACUUUCAAGCUUCCAGCUGUAAACACCAAGUCCACCACAUCAUCCAACCCUCCAACUCGGAAGGCAGCCCCAAAGAAAUCUCCAACCAGGAGGAAGAAAUCCAACAGCAAAGAAGGGAGCAGUGGUCAACAGCUCAGCCAGAAGAGGGCAGGUGUGAGCAGGCCAGGGCAUCUAGAGGCUGAGGUAGAUGGAGACAGCCAGUCCAUGGAUAGUGAUGAUAGUGAGUACAGCAACUCCAGAGAAUGUCCCGAAGGAACUGAUGACGAAGAGGAUGACGAGGACUUCUUGGAACCAUCUCAGAGGACGGCUGCCAACCUGGAAGAGGCCAUUAAAGUCUACAUCAAGACCAGGCCUUCCCUCUACGAAAAAAUCCUGUGCUAUGAGCCCCUUGAGUUGGACAAGUUCCAUGCGGAGUUGAAAAGAGCUGGUAUCAAAUACUCCAAGAACAAGCUGAGAGAGUUUCUAGACUAUCAUGGUAUUACUUUUCGUGUCAUCACCAGCAACGCCAACAGACAGGUGAGAAAGCCCAAGAAGGCAAAAAGCAAGUGAGGCCACGGUAUCGGGAUCAUCUCCUUGUCUUUACAGUCAUCAUCAACCAGGAGUAUAUCUCUUAGAGUGCAAUUGGCACAGUGGCCGGAUUGAGUGGUGAUUUGGGUUUUGUCAAUUAUGGGCAACUAUCCACUCUGAGUUUAAGUGUACUCACGUGCGUGCACACAACUCACACCAGACAGAAAUUGGUCAUGCCUACACAAUGCGUCCCUUGGCUAAAUUCACAUAAAUUCGAGUUCCAACCAAAGGACCAUCAUUCUGCCCAAAAAAUUCCUUGCUUGGUCCCACUCGGGCAGAUAGCUCAACCAGUCAUACUUUGUCCAAUGAUUCAACAAAUUACCACCCCACUCCACGGCACUAGUUGAGCCAUUUUUGCGAAUUCCCUCCGUUGCUCACUGUUGCCAUCUUGUGCAGUCAUUUUCUAGUCGGUGGUCCAGCCAUGCCCCAGGGCUUGGUUCCACAAUGGUAGACAAGAUAUAGUCUAACUGUUCUUUGUUCAAGUGACAUUGCUCGAUCUGCAGGUACAUGUAUCUAUGGUUAUUGCACCAACCUCCCCUACAGUAACCUUAUAUGGUCAAGGAGAUUGCUGCGAUCAUUACAUUACAAUCUGUGCGUGGCACACAUUGCUCAGUUUUUUUCUCUUCACCUAUGAGGGAGUAUUGGUAUAUGGAGCCCAUUUGGCUGAAUUUUUUGCUAAGCAAAAUUACCCUCCCAGCACAAUUAUGCGAACAACUAAUCACUUUACAACUUGUGAAAUUUGUCAAGUAACUGGUUUCUUCUAGGUGUGUAUUAUCAGCUUAUCUGUGAGCUUAGCAGCUUUGGAAAAUAUGCUCAUUGCUGAUAGGUUUAUGGAUCUGGAUAAGUCAUUCAAACGACAACAUGUUUGUCACUAUCAUGGCAGUCAACCAAGCUGUUGACCUGGAAUUGUAAGAAAAUCUGCCUGUGAUUUUUGGGUUUUUUUGCAUUUACCUAAAUAGAGGUUAUGCGUUAACGCGUCCUCAGAGGGCAGUAGUCUUGUAUCACUGGAAUAGGCUCGGGUAAACCUUUUGAACACUCACUGUAACUAAAUUGAAAUAACAAACACAACCUCUGAGUCACUGUGGAGAUGUCAGCAGCACAUAACCUCUCUGGUGCAACAUGUAGAAAAGUAGGGAACAUAGCAUGAUUUUUGUCCUUUUUAUUGGGGACCGAAACUUGAAGAAGGUCUCCAGUUUUUGCUUUCCAGAGGUAAAGGGAGGUAGCGACACUUUAAAGUUUAAUACUUGACAUGAUUAAUUGAAAUUCUGAAAUACCUCAUGCUCAUGAAUAUUCAAAAUUUAAUUCUGUGUAGGAAGCAGUGUCAGAUGAGAGAUUUUUAUUGAGAGCAGUGAUCUGUGAGAGUUAUUUUAACCAUGAUUCAGUGCACAUGAGGAAGAUAAAACCUCAUGGCAUGUCCUCCUUUAGAUCUUAAAAGUGUUUUGUGUGGUUCAUCACUUGAUUCUCUGUUUGACAAGGGCCAUGUUGGACCAGUGACCGUUAUUUGCCAACCAUUGGUCAGUUUUGCUUGGUAACUUGCACAAAACACAUUAGCAUCAACAAGUGGUUGACAAGCGGUGACUGAACGAACUCGGCCGACAUUACCGGGACCAGCGGAAUGAUUUUGUAUAAUUAGAACUUUGUUAUAUAGAAACUAGAAUUCAGAGGAUUUUUGACUUUGAAAGUUUGUUUUAGGAAUAUAUAGUGCCAUAUAUGUAGUGCCAUUCCAAAAAAAAAAGAAGACAAUUAUGGGUUUGUAAAAUCUGAUUGAUUUUUCUGGUCUUUGAAAUCAUGCACUUGUAUUUUCAAGUCAACCUUAAUGUUUUUUAAGAUCACGCAUGUUUUAUAAGUUCCUGUAAAGGACACACUUCUGUUAAUGAAGAGAAAUCAGAGCAAAUGAGCCCAGAAUUACUCCACAGUAGUGGUUUGUCUGUAAUUCAAGAUUAAAAUAUGAAAAAGGCAAAGGUAACUUGUGGGACUGGAAAGAAGCUCUGAGUUGGAAAGCUAAUGGUUGUCCUGACGUGAUGUUUCCAAACUAUUUUAAAUUUCAGAAUUGGUGACAAGUUUAUUCAAGGUCUUGUAACAUGAUAUGCAAAAACAUUGUUUUGCGAAGAGAAAAUAAAAAAGUUUGUGGAAUGAA